GACAGCAGAGGCGAGCCAGCAAUUGGUUAGGGUAGAGAGACAUACCACGUACGGGACGAGAGAGAUGGCGGAGACGGCGAUCACGGCGGUGCUCUCCAAGUUCGGGCAGCUGGUGGCGAGCGAGGCCAACAUGCUGCUUCAAGUGGGCGAUGACAUGAUGCUCAUGCGCGACCGUCUUGAGUGGCUCCAGGCCUUCAUCCGCGGCACCGACCCGUUGAGCCAGGUGUGGCUGCGCCAGACGCGCGAUAUCGCCUUCCAAGCUGAGGAUGUACUCGACCAGGUUGACCUUAAAAGCAAGGGUUAUCGAGGUUGGAAAGUAUGGCAAAAAUAUUUGACUGGUUUGUGCACCCAAAUCGCCAUUCGACACAGGUUGUCUGUCCGAAUCAAAAUAAUCAAUAGAAGACUACAAAAAAUGUUGGAGAACCAAAAGGAAUACAAGAUUGAGCAUAGACCAUUAGCGACAUUGGCAUCAUCCACUACGGCCACAUCAGCAUGUUUAAGAAUCUAA